ACAAACCGCAAAAACAUAAAAUAUUAUAACAAUUUUGAAUAAUAAAUCUUAAUCAAGCUAGUAGAAUGUCUUCUGCGCUACGAUUGGCUAGUGCGUUUCCCCUUGCUAUGCUCUGAUUGGCUACUUACGCGGAGUCUUUCGGUCUCUCAUUGGCUAGAAGUUCUCAAUUCUUCUGCGGCCCGUUUGUGAGUAUAAGCUACUAUCCAAUCCCAGCACAGCAGAGGCGGAGUUAGUGUGAAUACAGGUGGAAAAAAACAACCGAAUGCAGUUCACAUUCAGAUCAACAGGUUUUCCCAGCCGGCUGCGCGUGGAAUAAAUGACCAGCUUUUGGUUUUUUUUUCUUCAAAUUCCAUCUGAACCCUCAGCUCGAUUCCUCUGAGAUCCAACAGUCUGAUGGCUCUGUCUCAGCUCCAGUGUCUGGACGACAACAACGUCAACUUGCGCACCAACGAGUCCAAGCCCGAGUUCUUCUACAGCGAGGAGCAGAGGCUUGCGCUGGAAACGCUUCUGGAAGCGGGACGGGAGGGUUUCGAGGAGUUCCUAAAAACCAGCAGCAUCCGCAGCUUCUUAUCUGACCUGGAGGUGGCGCGGCUGACCGGAUCAGUAGAAGCGUACAGGCCGGGCUCGCCUGAUGCCUCUGUGCGCGCUGACGGAGACCCUGAUGAAGCGCACGGCUCCCUGCAGUACUGGCCGGACCGCUCCGACACCUCACUGCCUCAACUGGACGUGGGCUGGCCGGACUGCGCGGCCUACCGCGGCGUGACCCGCGCGUACGUCUACGCGCAGCCGCCUUUGGAGGGUGACACGCACAUUAAAGAGGUUGUGAGAAAGACAGUUGCCCAGGCGCAGAAGGUCAUUGCUAUUGUUAUGGACUUGUUUACAGAUGUGGACAUCUUUAAAGAUCUCCUGGAUGCAAGCUUUAAGCGUAAGGUGGCGGUCUACAUCUUACUGGAGGCUACCGGGGUCCCACACUUCCUGAGAAUGUGCGAGAGAGCAGCCAUGCACACUGGACACCUCAAGAACUUGAGAGUGCGGAGCAUCAGAGGAACUGAGUUUUUCACUCGCUCAUCGAAGAAAGUAUGUGGCAGCCAAAGUCAAAAGUUCAUGUUUGUUGAUGGAGACAAAGCAGUGUCAGGAUCAUACAGUUUCACAUGGACUUCCUCCAGACUGGACAGAAACAUCAUUACCGUGCUUACCGGUCAGGCUGUGGACACGUUUGAUAAGUUAUUUCGGGACCUUUAUAUGAUGUCUAAUGGUGUGAGCCUGAACAAGAUUAAUCUAGUCGAUGAGCCCAAGCCAGAACCUGCUCCUCAGACAGCACCCGCUGCAGUGCCCUCGGCCGCUAUGGCCCUCAAACUCAUCAACCCAAAAUAUGCUCUGGUCUCCAGUAGUGCUACUGCCAAAAGCAACCGCACACCUUCUGAGGGAUGCAUGGGCAAGGUCACCAGCAAUAAACAGAUGAAAGAGGUGCCAGAGGCUCCACAAAUUCACCCUGGACUUCUCCACCUUGAAAAAGCCAACAUGAUCGAGUACCUGCCUAUUUGGCCUGAGCCUGACCCGCCUAGUGAUGUGAUUGGGUUUAUUAAUAUAAGAGACUAUAAUAAACCACUACAAGCCCACCUCAUGCGUUCAGAACUCUUUGAGGUUUCACAGGCCAUACGAUUCAAGGACCCCUUUCAUGUGACAGAGGAGCCUCUGCCUGAGAAGGCUUUUCCUAAACCCAGACUGGAGUUCCACAGUCCUCUAGCGAAUGAGCAACCCCUUAUGCAGCCUCAAACUAGCCCAGAGAAAAACAUCAGUCAAGGAAAAUCAGAAGCCAUGAGGACAACAGCUGUCCAAGGCAAUCAGAGACUUGAAAAUAAAGAUGAAGAACCAGACAAAAAUGAAGCAAAAGGUGUAGACCGUUAUAGUGCAGAGACCCCUAAUUGCAACUCCAAUUUUUCUUCUACAUCAGAGGAGUACUUUGAGUGUAGUGACUCUCUUGCUGUUGAAACUAUGUUUGAGGAUAUUGUUAAUGGUAUGCUGACUGGUUCUGGGUGUUCAGAGCAGGACUGGCACCUGGAUGACUCUAACAACACUGUCAGACACUCCCUGUCCUCCGUACCACUGCAGCUUGAGCAGCUGGCACUAAUGGCCAACUCAUGUGAGCAUGAGUCAAGCAAUGACAGCCUGAAAGAAACUGAAAAGCCCCAGCCUCAUUCCACACUACAAGAACGCAAGGAUGGACAUGUAACAGGGAUGACUAUUCACUCAGAGCCAGAGGACACAGAAGCAGCCUUAGCGAUCGAAGUUGACAGACUGUCUGAACCAGUUUUUAAAGAUGAUAAACAGCAAAUACAAGAAACAGAUGCUAGCUCACUGGCACCAGAGAGCAAACCAUUUGCUAACUCACUGGAAGCUAACAACGAUUCAUGUGGGGAAAAGUCAGAUAGGCAGAGUGAGGAACUACCACUACAUAAAAUAGAACACACAUCAUAUUCCGUAGAAAAUGAUGUGCUUGGCUUCAAACCUGUGAAAGUGGAUAAUGUUAAUAAAUCAGAAUUAGCAAAGAAUAAGUUGUCCAAAUCAGUGCCUUGGGGCAAAUUAGUAGCACCUAUUAUAUUUGUCCAUACAAAAACUGAGUCUCAGUCCAUAGUAUUCUCUGACAGGGUUACAGACGUGCCACUGCUGACGUUAAAGCCUGAACUGCAUUCAGGACUCAAUUACACAUCCAACCUCACUUCUGCUAUUGAGGUGAAUGAUGCCAAGCAUCAGAAGACCAUAGCUACCGUCAGUGCAGCUCCUCAGAGUGAAUCACAAGCUAAAAGAGUACAUGAAGAGAAUUGCAAUCUGCCUGCUUGCCCUGCUGAUACCAAAGAGCUGAAGAUCGCAGAGAAUUUUGAUCUUGAGCGGACAGUCGAGGUAAAGAGUGACCACAGCUCUGUGCCAGAGCUGAAGGAGAAUGCAGUAGAGCCAGCUGUGGACAUCACGGGCAAAACUGAGCCACCAGGACAGCAGACCGUAACUGGUCUAAAAGUUGCAAGACACAGUGCAGAUGCUCGUUCCUCAAUAAUGAAGCAAACCUUUCAAGAUGCGGGAAAAGAUGAACGAGUAAGGCAACAUACCUGUACAUAUCGUGAACACAGGAACCGGCCUGAGGCAAAACCCAAGUUAGAAGGAAAUGAGAGAAAGCUACGUCAGCCCUCACCUAAACCUACUCGAACACCCCAAGAUGCCAGAAGUGGUUCAACUAAAGCAUCUGUCACCAAACUGCACAGCAGUAAUCAUCCUACUAGGCCUAAUGCGGCAACACUUGGCACUCAAAGUUAUCCACAUGGAAAGCAGUUGGGGCAAAACAGGGCUGGUGAUGCACUACCAGCACUUCCUGACAAGCUUUUAACCCGGCGCAUAGCUACCACUAGGUCAAGCCAAAGUCAGCUUCGACGCCCUCGGACAGAGCCUUCACCGGGCCGUCUCAGCUCUUCCCAGAAACAGCCUCAAGCUCAGCUGGACAGAACCAGAGUCAUCCAAUCAGGCCAGUCCAACACCCGGCAGCGUUCAGCAUCCACAACAGAAGAUAGCCUGUCCUCUUCUGGCACAUCACACCUAAGGAGAUCAAGAAGCUCUAAAGAGAGAAUUACCCGACCCCCCAUCAAGCAAUCAGAAAAUGACCCCGAGUAUUAAAGGGAAAGAACAAGAGCCAUAAUUUUAGUCUUGCUGGUGCUUUAAUAUGUUUUAUGGUAGUAUGUGGUAUUUUCUAAAUUGUGGUUUCAAAUCACUGCCUAAUGUUACUGUCUGCAGUGAAAAACCUUGUAAAAUGUGAACGUGUGCUACCUAUUGAGUGAGCAAAAGCUGUAGCUGUUGGCAUCUCCGUUCUGCCUGGUUAAGGCUUUGACAGAGACCCAAAAGCAGGCAAUCUGCUUGUGAUAUGAAUGGGCUUUUUCUUGCCUCAGUGAAACCAGGCUCUGUCCCUCCUGCUGUGAUGCCGCUACCACAUCAGGUUUGUGCAGCACCUCGAGCCAUUUAACUUUACAUGCUUUCUGCAAAUUACAGAGAGACUUAUAUUUGCAUCUCUCAGGAAAGCAGUAUAAUUGGCUCUAUGAUUAGCCAUUUAUAUGGAAAUGGUCUGUUUUACUCAGCUGUGCCUUGGAAAUAAACAACCAGGAGUGUGAUUAAAUCUUUAUGUCUGCAAAUCCUGCCACUAAAUUAGAAUGUCUCCUUUCCUGCUGGACAGCUAUAGGGAGAAAAGGCAGACCAGAUGUUGCAAGUGAACAAAGAAAUGCUGUUUCUGGACGUUCUUAGAACGUAUUUGUUGAACAGCAGGGUGGAAGAGCCCAGAGCAGUAGCUCUUAAACCAGUUCUUAUGAUGAUUCCCAGGUCCCAAGACACUUUAACUAAGCCAUUAAAACACUGAAUACCUGCUAAAGGUGUGUUGGGAGCUGGAACAGAACAACAAUGUGGAUCAUCUAGGGGGCCCUGAGGACUGCUUUCUAGAGAAAGCCUUUUACUAAAGGACAGAUACCUUAAAAUGCCAUUCUGACUGAGCAAUUGACAGAGCGUACUGUGAUGCCUUUGCAAAUCACCUAAUGAAUGCAUGACAUUAAAAGCUGGGUGUGCUGUUCCUAAGGCUGUGGGUGGAGGCAUUUUAUGCUUUCAAAAAAAACCAAAAAAAUACAAAAGCUUUGUGUUGACUACACUUUACCCAUGCCUCACAAUGUCUAGAGAGCAGUCAGAAGUGGAAAAUUGCAAAGGGCAAGUUUUCAGAUCAAUUUUUGAGGAGCGAUUAUCAAUUCAAAUUUUCUCCCAGUAUGAUCCGGAUGAGCCUUGUGCUUAUACAGCAAGCAAAUGUGUCAUAUCAGCAGCAGCAGGCAAAUUGUAGCUGUAAGGGCUGCUGCAACAUUUCAAAUAAUGAGAGAAAGCAGAAGAGACAGAAAGAAACGCAUAUGGGCACAUGGAGGGUUUACAAAGUGCACUGCUACUUGUAUUAUGGGCAAAAUACAUUCCACUGUGUUCACAGACUUAAAAGGUGAUGAAAAAAAUACAUGUACAUAAAAUAAAGGGAAUUUACCAGUUCUUUAAAAUCUCUGCAUAAUUAAAUUGUUAUGAUGUGAACACAGUAAUAGAAAAUGUUUUGAUGUGAAAUGCACCAUUCUGGAGAAACUUGCUAAGUCCAAAUUGCAUAUAAUGGUGGUGAUGGGAACCAAAUGUCUGAAAUGUUUAAUGCUUGCAAAAGCAUUUGUGGUUGAGCAUUAAGAGGCGAAAUAGUCCAAACACCCCACCCCCCUUUCAGAUUUGGCACCAUUUUACUAUUAUCAACAUUAUAUACAAAAACUCAGAGGACAUGUGAAGGUUCACUGGUAGUUUUGAAUAAUAAAUGAAAUAAUUUAUACUGUACACAUAGUGAUCCCUGGUUCUUAUCACCACCACUGUAAAUGAAUCUGAGUGUUUAGUUUCUCUACAACGAACCAUUUCACAGCAAACUACCCUGAAUGACUUUGUUUACAUCUCAACUUUUAAAUGAUGCAGAAAUGUAAUUAAAUAAGUGGCUGCUAUAUAUGCUUACUUAGAGAACAAAUCUUGAGAAGUUCUAUGGGUGGGUGUAGAAGUUCCUCAAAAGCUUUUCUGCAAAAUCAGGAACAAUGAUGAUGUAAGUGUGCUGCUAAAAAUAUAAAGGACCUCCAGAGACACAAGAAGUGUGUUAUUAUUAAGCUCAUGAGUGAAAAAGAAACUCAUGGGUUUCUGCAUGAAGGGUCCAAAAUGUGAUCUGAUCUUAAUGUAAAUCAAUAAGAUCUUACUGUAAUAAUAAAAAGGGAACUUCUGUUUAA